UCAUGAUGGAUAUGCUUUUCCUUUGCUUCAAUGUGCUUCAAUGAUUCCCGCAUAAACAUGCCAGCCAAUACACUAGAAAACGCCGAGGCAUUUCUCGGGCAACUCCAAUCCACAGGCGUUGCUCGGUCAGGACUCCCUCCCGCUGUCGUUGCGGGCUGACGCCGUUGCGUGCUAGAUAGAAGUUUAAAUUUCCACACUGGGCCGCUUCAUGAUGCUCGACAAGCUUUGCGAAGGAGCGGCAUCCGCGAUGCUCAGACUUGGGCUCCGUGCCCAGAGAGCAGAACUCAGUCUUGAGCCAUUGCGCAACCGCAUUGCCUAUAGGAGGUGGUAGUAAGAAGCCUUGAAACCACGUAAGAUCGGCGUGUCCAAAGCUUGAUAGCCGGCCGGGAACCAUGGCGAUCUCCAGAUCCCAGGGAUGCAUGGCCAGGGACUCGAAGGCCUUGCCGCAGUGGCGCACGGAGUUGGGGCACGCGAACAAGUGGGACAUGGCAUCGCCAGCGCGGCUGCACUCGCGACGACGCGAGCAGGUUGCGGUGAGCGGCGGCGGGCUCGCGGCAUCGUCGUCGCCGACGGGCGCAUGCCAAGGGCGCGAGGUCGAGCUGUGUCUCAGGCGAAACUCGCACACGACCUGCGUCUCUCCCAAACAGCCCGUGAUCGUGGUGCGCUACGCCCAGCUAGGCACGCGAGCCGCAAAAGUGAGCUGCGUUCCUGGCUCGUUUGCGCCCGCGAACCCUCGAAGAAGCAAUUUGCGUUCGACCCCAACUUUCGGCACCCAGGCUUGCCCAACUGUGGCGUCUGGCUAUCAAGACGAGUCUUGUGCGUGCCCGGCUGCUGCCGUGUCACCGUUCGUAAAUUCAGGUAGGCCCGGGGGUGCAUGUCCUGCGUUUCAUCUCGACCGGGAGCUUGUGAAGCCUCGACCUCUGCCUUUCUUCUCGCUGCUGACGUCCGGACAACUCUUACCUCGAUGCCUGCCGUGCCUCGAGCUUAAGGCGUCUUUACCCGUCUGAGAUGCUGUGCGACCAACAAGCUAGGAGGUGACGCUUGCAUACCUCGCCAUGGCAAAUUCAAAGUGAGUCAACGUGCACGCAAGCGCUCGCCAGCCGUGAGCCAGCGGACCAUCGGCCAGCAUUCGGACGAAAUCAAACUGACGAGUCGC